AUGACCUUAACGCAAGACAGUUUACAGAGGUCUCUCCCACUCCCUUCUGAGAUGACCAACGUUGACAUGGACAGCUCUGGGGGUAAUGAAGAGGCUCUUAUGAAAACUGUGACAAGGACUGGAGCAGUGGUGCCCAGGAAGCGGGCAGCGGGACGGCUGAUCAUGCACAGCAUGGCUAUGUUUGGCCGGGAGUUCUGCUAUGCUGUGGAAGCCGCCUUUGUCACGCCGGUGCUGCUCAGUGUAGGGCUGCCCAAGAACCUCUACAGCCUGGUGUGGCUCAUCAGCCCUAUCCUGGGCUUCGUGCUGCAGCCCGUGGUAGGUUCUGCCAGUGAUCACUGCACCUGUAGCUGGGGAAGGAGGCGACCUUUCAUUGUAGGUCUGGGCAUCAUAAUGCUGUUAGGCAUGGCUUUGUACCUCAAUGGGGACAUGUUGAUCUCAGCUUUCAUCGAUCAGAGGGACAAGCAGCGGACAUGGGCAAUAGUCACUACCAUGCUGGGAGUAGUGCUUUUUGAUUUUGCAGCUGAUUUUAUUGAUGGCCCCAUCAAAGCAUAUUUAUUUGAUGUCUGCUCUCAUCAGGAUAAAGAGAGGGGUCUGCAUUACCACGCCCUCUUUACAGGUUUGGGAGGAGCCCUGGGUUACCUGACAGGUGCAAUGGAUUGGGUUAUAGCUGUACUAGGAUUUUCCUUGGCAUCGGAAUUCCAGAUGAUUUUCUUACUCGCAGCCUUGGUUUUCCUUAUCUGCCUUACUCUACACCUGCACAGUAUUCCUGAAGUCCCACUCAGAUAUGAAAAUGAAGAGAAAAAGUUGCUGUUGGAAAUGACUAAAUCCUAUAAAUAUAGCUCUAUAGAUGAAGACAUCAGGAAUGGUUGCCUAAAGCCAGCAUUUACUGAAAUAGAGGCUGAAGCUGCACCAGGGAAAUGUGCUGAUACAUCACGUAGAGAGGAACCAAGGCGGAUAACUCUUAAGUCACUCUUGAGGACUCUUUUAAACAUGCCACCCCACUAUCGGUACCUCUGCGUGAGCCACCUCUUUGGAUGGAUGGCUUUCCUCUCCAACAUGCUCUUCUUCACAGAUUUCAUGGGACAGGUUGUAUACCAGGGUAGUCCUUAUGCACCUCAUAACUCCACACUUUACCUUACCUACAGAACAGGAGUAGAGAUGGGAUGCUGGGGGCUAUGCAUCAAUGCAAUUUCUUCAUCACUCUAUUCUUACCUGCAGAAAUUCCUUCUGCCAUAUAUAGGAUUAAAGGGACUUUAUUUCACUGGAUAUCUUCUUUUUGGACUGGGUACUGGAUUAAUUGGUUUGUUUCCCUACCUUUAUUCCACUCUGGCUCUGUGUUCCCUCUUUGGUGUCAUGUCCAGCACACUGUACACAGUGCCAUUCCACCUCAUUGCAGAGUAUCACAGGGAAGAAGAGAGCUUGAAGCUGGAGAAUUGGGAACCAUCUGAAGAGUAUGAGAGAGGGAAGGGCAUUGACUGUGCUGCUCUUACCUGCAUGGUCCAGCUGGCCCAGAUCAUUCUGGGUGUGGGCCUGGGGCUCCUGGUUAGUGUGGCUGGCAGUGUGGUCACUGUGAUUUCGGCGUCUAUGGUGGCACUGAUCGGCUCCUGCUUUGUUGCCUUCUGUGUUCGAUACGUGGAUUAG